ACGGGGAGGAUCGUCAAGGCGGGCUGCCCUACGGCGCAGGAGGGGAGGGCCCAGAGCUGGAUCCCAGCCCCGGGCUGUGGCGGGAGAGACGCCCCCUUCCAGACCUUGGUCUGAGAGAGUAGAGCCUGACCUCAGGCUGUGGGGAGAUCGAAGCCCCCCUUCCAGACCUUGGGCUGAGGGCAGGACCCAGACUGGAGGCUGGGGGAGGGCAGAAGAGGCGAGGCCUGGGGCUUCAGGAAGGGAUGGGUGGCAAGGCCCAGGGGUGGGUUGGUCUCUGUCCUGAGAAAAGCAGGACAGAGACCAGCCCACCCAGAGAUGCCCCCCACCCCAUGCUGCCCAAAUGGGGAGACCCUGGGCAGCGGUCUUAACCCAGCAGCCCAAAGGUUUAAGGCCCUGGCUCUCCUCCCCUCCCCUUCCCUCCCUUCCCCUCGCCUGGGCUUUUGACCCCUCCCAGCCCCUCCCCUCGCCUCCACCACCUUUGCCCGGUGGUGGUGACGUUGCGGUGUCUCUGGCGCAGACCAGGCCGGAGGCUGGGGCUGGAUCCUGGCGGCCAUGUUCUCCCUGCUGUCCCUCCCCUCCUGGCUCCCCAGCCUCCCCUCCCUUGAGUGGGGCUCCGGCCUCCUCGACGCCCUCCUGCAAGGUGAGCCCCUCCCCCAUCCCCCUCAGCCCCACCCCCUCCGGGGCACCAGCCCGGCGCAAGACGAACCCCACCCACGUGCGUCUCCCACCGCCCCCUCCUCUAACCCUACCAAGCUGCCUACCCUCCCUACUAACCCCGUCAGGCCUCGUCGGGGCCUGCGGUGUCUCCGUCCUGAACAACCUCCUGAAGGUCUACUUCUUCGUGGGCUGUACCAAUGACCCGGAGCGGCGGCUUGAAAAGGAACGGCUGCGGGCCCAGUGGGCCUCGCUGGAGACCGUGCACCUGGCAGGGCUGGCCCUGAUCCUGACCGUCGUGCAGGUCCGGGUGGCCGCCCUUGUGGUGCUCGAGUUCUCCCUCCGGGCUGUCUCCAUGCUGCUUUCCCUGGACAAGGGCGCCCGGGGCACCGAGAGGCUGCAGCUGUACCUACUGUGCCAGUACUCGCUGGGCUGCGGGCUGACCUGCAGCCUGAGCUUCCUGCAGGAGGGUGCCCCGCACCGCACGCUGAACCUGCUGCUGGGCCUGGGGCUGGCCGCGCUGCUCCGCUCGGGCACCCGGCGCCUCCGCCGCCACGUCUGCCAGCUCUACGAGCUGCACAGUAGCCAGCGCUACUGUGGGGUCUGCCUGGGCCUGCUGGCUGGCGCUUGCAGCCUCCCCCGGCUGCUGGGCCGCGCCCUGGCCGUGACCUUUGCAGUGGGCAACCUGGCAGCCGUGACCCUCCUCAACCGGGACUUCCUGACCACCUCGGAGGCUGUGCGUUUCUGGAUGCCGCUCACCAUCUGCUACGCCCUGCUGGUCAUCUACAUGCAGGAGGAGCGGCAGCAGCAUCCCGGCCUGCAGAGCCAGGCCCAGACGGUGCUGGUACGCAUGUGCGGCCUCUUUCUGCUGCUGCUGACCGUGGGCCGCUGGCUGGACCUCGUGGGCAUCUUCACCUCCCUGCUGGGCGAGUUCUGGUGCCUGCUGGACACCCGCACCCUGUUUGAUCUUUGCCAGAUACAGGAUUUCCCAUCCCAGAGGCCUUCCGCGUCAGCUCCAAGCCAGCCCCGGCCCUCGGCACCUGCCCAGCCGCAGGGGACGGCCCCCUCCUGACUUACCUCAGCAAGGACCUGGAGUCUCUCAGGGCCGCCCAGGCUUACCUGGAGGCCUUGACCCCAGGAUACUGCCUGGCGGCAGGACGGCAAGGCUGCCCCCCACCUGGAGCACUGGGGGCCCCCGGGAGGGAGGAGAGGAUUUGGGGCUGGGCCCCUCAGAGGGUGGGGAUGCAUGGAGGCUGCUGGGUUAACCCUCUUUUUCUCAGGGUGGGCAAUGGGUACAGCCCCUCAGCCCUGCCUUCCCGGAGCGUUGGGGGGUGGGGAGAGAUUGUAUCCUCAGAAUGGCUUCCUCCUUUACCAACCUCCCUUGCCCUGUCCACAGACAGUAAAGGUGAUUCUCUCAGAUUUGUCUCAGAAUCAUGAACACACAGAGAGGUGAAGAGGCUUUCCUAAGGCCACAGAGCUCUCUGACUGAGGCAGGUUCCUGGGAUAUGGGCCAGCUGGGUCCCUGGGGUUCAGGAAUUUACUAUUGUUGUGGCUGAGGACAUGACAGGGAUGCAGUGGCAUGGAUGGGCACGUGGUCUGGGACUCAUCUGCUUCUUGGGUGGAUGAUGACCGCAUCCUGUCCCAUCCUAGGCUAAGAAACAACUGGAGGGAGUAUGAUGCCUAGGCCUCUAUUGGUGCCCUUGGUCCCCAGCCUCUGACCCUGACACGAGGAUCCUUCCCGUCUCAGCCCUGUUCAGCCCUGUAUCCCCUGCAGGGCCCAGCUCAUGAAGGCCACAGAGUAUAUGGAAAAAGGUUGGGUACCAGCUCCCCUGCUUACCUGCUGUGUGGCCUUGGGUAGGCCACUGCCCCUCUCUGAGCCUGUCAGAAGAACAACUACCAUGUGUUGGGCACUGCGCUGAGCAUUUUUAUUAUCUCAUUUCAUUUUAACAUCAGCCCCAAGAGGCAGGUACUCUUAUCCCUUUUUAAAGUCAGAAACCGAGGCUCAGAGAGACUAAGUAACUUGCUCAAGGACACACAGCUAGUUAGUGGCAAGACAGGAUUUGAAUCAGGUAGCCUGACCCGCAGAGUUCAAGUGCUGUGCAUGUUCCCUGCUCCCCACUUCUUGUUGAAGAAUUGGGGCCAGGGAAACUAACAGAGGUGGGCGUAAAAAAUAUGGCAGGUCCAUUCCUGGUAGGUUCUGGAAUGUUGUUCCCACCACCUUCUGUCCAGGUUAGCCUGAGGCUCUACCCACACCCAUGUUCUCCUGGCCCAGGCACCCAGCCCACGAGGUAGUUUGUGUCCAUGGGGAUUGAGGGCCCCAACUCAGAGGCCCUUUCCCAGGAGGGACCCCAUAGAGCAAAGGAGACUGCCAGCCAGGGGACUUCCAAAGGGGUUGUGAGGGUCAGGUUGUCUGGGAGAGGCAGGGGAGGCACCAGGGAGGAGGUGGGACCUGGAGAAGGUUCUUUGAGGAUUCCAGGCUCUAAUGGGUCCCACUUCUCAGCAAAGCCCACCGUGGUCACCCGAAGUCUACUGCUUUGGAGCAGACAGAGUCUGGCCUAAGAUUCCACUCCCCACCCUGGGUGCACCUGAGAUAUAGGGACAGGCUGGCCCCAAGGCCGGACGGGGCGGUUUCAGCUCAUUCCUCCAGGAAUGGCCACCAACAGACAGUUCGAACCCAACUUCUGAUCCCCUGCUCUCCAUCCCAGCCCCAGGAGGGGCCUUUCAGCCCCAGAGUAACUGAGGUGGGGGAAGUGCCUGUGGAUGCCCCUCCCCCAAUACAGAACCCAGCCCCCCUCUGCCUGGGAGUGUGCUUGGUUCCCUCUGGGCAGGAAACUUGCCCCAGUCUAGGAGGAAAUGGCUCAGUUAGGUGAGCACAAGGCCAGCCCCUUGCCAGAGCCAGACUGGACACCGGGUUCCAACUCGGGCCUGAUGUUUUUGCUGGAAGGUUCCCUGGCCUCCCAGCCCCCCACACAGCCCGGGACCUGGUGGGGACAGGGCUGGGAGGAGAUUGGACUUGGCAGUCCUUUCCUUUUUAUGGGCACAGGGACUGUUUUCCAAACAAAAAUUGGGCCACGUGGGCUGGAAUAGUAUUCUUUUCUUAUCUAUUAAAUUAUUUUUGUGAAGACUCUGACAAGGGUAUAAAAAUUAGAUCACUCUAGUGAGCCCUACCAAACAAAGAGAACUAGGCCUGAAGUCCAGAGGGCAGAGGAAAUCGAAAAGGUACGGUCUGCAACAGGGGCAUGAAGCUGAACUUGUUCUGCCACGCACCAUGAGAUCCCAAAUCCUGGGCCCGAAACAACAUCCUUCUGAAGACGUGGGAAACCCGAGCCCCAGUCCCUGCUGAGAGGGAACGGUACCUCUGGAGCACCUGGGAUUGGGGUGAGCCUUCCUCCCUCCUGAGCCCCUGCACCUGUGGGUUUUCUGAGCUAUGGCAUUGUCCCUCUUGAUGUCCUGCAUUCCUUCCCCUAUUACUGAACAUCUGCAUGGGGCGAGGCUCUGGGGCAAACACUGGGGAUGAGCAAGAUGCCCAAGUAGCAACUGGUGCUGGAAAAAAAAAAAAAAGUUGGGCCUGGGGACAGAGUGACGGGGGUGAAGGAGGGUGUAUUUGUCAUCUACAGCUAUGUAGCAAAUGACCCUGAAACAGCAGCGUAAAGCAACAGACACUUAUCGUCUCACUUUUUCUGGGGGUUGGGAAUCCAGGUGCAGCUUGGCUGGGUCUUCUGGCUCAGAGUCUCACAGGCCACAGUCAAGGUGUCACCUAAGGCUGUGGUGUCAUCCUAAGGCUCGACUGGAGCAGGAUCCACUUCCAGCCUCACUCACAUUGCUGUCGGCAGGAUUCAGUCUAUCACGGGCUAGUGGACCGAGGGGCUCAGUUCCUCUCUGGCUGUUGGCCAGGGUCUCCCUCAGUUCCUUGCCACGUGGGCCUCUCCAUAGGGCAGCCCACGACAUGGCAGCCAGCUCCCCUCUGUGAUGCAAGUCAGGGAGACAGACAGAAGAUGAGCAGGACAGAAGUCACCGUCUUUGUAACCCCGUGUUAAAAGCGACAUCCCACUCUUCUGCUGUAUUCUGUUGGUUAGAAGCAAGCCGCUGGGUCUAGCCCACCCUUUAGAGAAAGGGAUUACACAAGGGCAUGGCAGAGGGUGGGGGUUCUCAGGGGGCCGUUUUAGAAGCUGCCUUCCACAGAAGGCUUCUUUGAGGAGACCUGAAUGGACUGCAGGAGCAGGCCAAGCGGAAAGCUGAGGGAAGAACACCCCAGGCUGAGAGAACGGCACGGGUAAAGGCUCUGAGGUGGGAACAAGCUGGGAGAAUCCAGGAACAGCAGGAAAUUUAGCAUGGCUGGAGCCUCACAGAGAGGAUGGAGUGGCGGGAAUGAGGUCACAGAGGUGGGCAGGGACCAGAUUGCUCAGGGCCACAGCCAGCAUUAGGAAUUUAUUCCCCUGUGACGGGCAGCUAGUGGAGGGUUUGCACAUGGAGGUGACAUAAUCUGACUUUUACGUUUUUAUUUUUUAUUUUAUUAUUAUUAUUUUUUUUGCGGUUCGCAGGCCUCUCACUGUUGUGGCCUCUCCCGUUGCGGAGCACAGGCUCUGGACACGCAGGCUCAGCAGCCAUGGCUCACGGGCCCAGCCGCUCUGCGGCAUGUGGGAUCUUCCUGGACCGGGGCACGAACCCGUGUCCCCUGCAUCGGCAGGCGGACUCUCAAACACUGCGCCACCAGGGAAGCCCUGACUUUUACGUUUUUAAAGGAUUCCUCUCCUUGCUGUUUUUAGAAUAGACAGUGUAGGAACAGUAAACCAGUUUGAAGGCAUUUGAAACAACCCAGAUGAGAGCACGGGGGCUUGGACCAGGGUGGUGGCUGUGGGGGUGGCCAGGAUGGUUGGAUUCUGAACAUGUUUUGAGAGAUUGAUAAGAUUUCCUGGUCAAUUAGAUGUGGGCUUGAGAGGAAGAGAGGAAUCCUGGGAACUCUUUGAUUUGGGACCUGAGCAACUGGGUGAAUGAGAUGAGGGCCUCCAGGGUCAGAGCAGGGUUACCUCAAGCAGGUGUGGUCAGCAUCAGUGGAGGGUCCAGGUGUUGUGAAGGGUGUGAUGUGGUCUGGGGUUCAGAGAGACCUCGCUGACAAAGAGCUGCAGAAACCAAUCCUGAAGGUUGAGGGGGAGUUCCCAGGACAUGGGGUGGUGGUGAAGCCCAGGCAGGUCUCAAGGCUCCUGAGUGGCCUGAGGGAUGGAGGAGGGGUCGGGUCAGUGUGGCUGGAGCCCAGGAGGCAACGGGCACAGUGGUGGGAGAUGCUGUCACAGAAGUGGGCUGGGGCCAGAUCGCCAGGACAGGGGAAGGGUUUCGUGUUUUCCCUAAGAGCAGCGGGAGCCACAGAAGGGGUGUCGGGGCGUGUGAUGAUCACGUGCUGCUUUAGCGAGAUGGCCUGGCCGGCUUGGAGAGUGGAUUGCAAGGAGUAAGAGCAGGGCAAGUCCAAUUUUAAGGGUCUCCUUUAGGGACUUCCCUGGUGGUCCAAUGGUUAGGACUCCACACUUCCAAGGCAGGGGGCGCAGGUUUGAUCACUGGUCAGGGAACUAAGAUCCCACAUGCCGCAUGGUGCGGCCGAAAAAAAAAAAGAAAAGGUCCCUUUUAGAAAAAAGCAUACAAAAUUCAUAUGAAAGUGAAUAUUGAUUGAGAAUGGGAAAGAAAAGCAGGACGAACUGCUGGAACCCUGGAGAUGUGGGUCCUUCUUCUGACAUCUCUGUGGGCAGUUUGCCAGGAACACUUAGAGAGAAAUGUGUCCUGAGUGUAACCUGGCUGCCCCUCCCUCCUACAACACUUCAUUACUUCCAGAGACCCCCAGUCCUCACAGGGGCCGUGCAAGUGAGAGGCCUGAGCAUAAGUUUCAUUAACUUCACAGUAAGCCCACCUCUGCGGAAGAGAGAAGCGGGGAGGCCGGCGAGGGGCCCUGGCAGGGUCUAGGCCACAUUACACUUCAGCAAGGAGGCGUCUCAGGGAUGGGGGUCCUCACUGCCAGAGAGCAGUGAGGUGUUGGAUAGAUGCUGGUGGAGGCUCGCAGUGAAGCGGGAGCUCAAGGAGGGGCCUGGGUCGGUGGGGGAACGGGGCUCUGCCCCCGGCAAGCAGCCGAGGGCUUGGGACAGGCUCAGGGACCCUCUCAAGUGAGUGAUGCCAGGACUUCCUUUCCUCUGUCCACAGAAGGGGCUCUGACCUUCAAGGCCUGGGUCAAGGACGGGCCUUUCCAGCCCACUGAGACUCACGCCCCGCCAUGGCCACCCCACACGUCCCGCCCCUCAUCGUGAAGGCUGUGCGGGUGUGCCUAGUUGAGGGGGGGCUGUGGGAACUGGGGGGUCCAGCCAGAGCCAGCUCAGGACACUGGACCAGGAGGGGAUUAAGAGCCAGACGUUGUUGUCACGGCCAGGUCUAGAGGCUGGGCCCUGCCUGGCCCAAGUGGACACAGGCUUGGGGGCCUGGGAGUGGGCAACUCCAUGCGGCUAUGACUGUGGCUUGGUUACUCCCUACUUGGUUUUUGAAUGUUUCCCUACACGCUUGGCCUGUUUAGUAAAAGGGCUUGGAGCUGGACUACAUGGGCUUGAAAGAAGCUUCCUAACGGAGAUGACCCUGAGCAAGUUGCUCUCUCUGUGCCUCAGUUUCCCCACUUGUUGAGAGGACUGAACAGGAUGAUGGACGUAGGGCACUUAGACCGGAGCCUGACUGUGGCCUCUAGGGCCCUCCGCAUCGCCCCCUCCCCACAAGGGACUGCAACUCAGUCUCGGCCGAGCCCUUCUGGUGUGAAGGGUCAGUGAACACGCUGAGUAAGAGGGACUGGGAAGGAGGCACCGGCUCAGGCGGCAGAAGCAGGAACGGAUCUCCACGAAGCAAGAGAAGGAAGAGGUCUCCCGCCUCCCCGUUUUGUCCACCAGACUGCUCCCCGGGUAGAGGAAGAAGAAGCAUGUUUGCAUUUUAUGUGCAAAGAGCUGCGUGAGGAAUUGUAAGCCUGAGCUCCGUAUUUUUCUUGCAUUAUUUUCCCCCAGCCUUCAGGACGACCUUGUAAGGAGUUGAUUGUUCUUUUCUCUAUCUUCCCAGAGAACACUCAAGGUUCAGAGAAAUUAAGUGACUUGCCCAAGGUCACAGAGCUAAUAAGUGGGGGAGCCAACAUCCAAAUUCAAGUGGGUCUGACUCCAAAACCCAGGCUUCUUAACGGCUCACUACCCUUUACUACUUCUCAUAUGAUUUGCAUAUGCAGCUCCUUAAGACCCCCUACUCUUACUCCUGCAUUUCAUCAGAAUUACUGAGACCCUACUAUGUGCCAAGCACUGUGCUGGGUGCUGGAGACAUGGAGAAUAAUAAGACACAGCCCUGCUCCCCGUUUGGUGGGUAAAGCAUAUUGGUUCAACCCAGCAGCCUUGAAAUGAAUCCAUAGGAUUGACGUGAGUCCUGACACCUGGAGUAAUCAGAGCAGGCUUCUCAACAGUGGUGACAGUGGUGCAGAGUUUGGAGGAAGAGAUGAUCCAGACCCAUGGAGUCUCACCAAUAUUCCUCAUGACUUUGCUUUAAGCCACAGAAAUAGUUUUAACUGGUUGAAGAAAAAUGAAGAAAAAAGAGAAUGCAUUGGCUCCAGAGAUCCAGAGGUAGGACUUCAAGCAUGGCUGGAUCCAGCAGCCUAAGUGAUGUAAUCAGUUAUCGCUCCUUUUUUUAAAAAGUAAAUUUAUUUAUUUAAUUUAUUUAUUUUUGGCUGCAUUGGGUCUUCAUUGCUGUACGCAGGCUUUCUCUAGUUGUGGCGAGCAGAGGCUACUCUUCGUUGCGGUGUGUGGACUUCUCAUUGCAGUGGCUUCUCUCAUUGCAGAGCACGGGCUCUAGGCGUGCGGGCUUCAGUAAUUGUGGCACGCGGGCUCAGUAGUUGUGGCUCGCAGGCUCUACGGCGCAGGCUCAGCUGUUGUGGCGCACAGGCUUAGUUGCUCCGCAGCAUGUGGGAUCUUCCCGAACCAGGGCUUGAAUCCGUGUCCUCUGUAUUGGCAGGCGGAUUCUUAACCACUGCACCACCAGGGAAGCCCAUUAUAGAUUUGGGUCUCCUUCUCUAUCAUCUUUGCCCUGCUGUCGUCUGUCUUGGUCCAAGUGUUGGCAUAAAUGGUGCCAAGCUUGCAUCCUGUCACCCUGGAAAAAUACUGCCUCUUUCUACAUAGUUCCAGCCAGGCACUGAGAGUGGGAGUGAGCUUUCCCAAAGAGAAAUUGGGUGCUGUUACCAGAAUCCAAGAAAGUGACGGUAACUGACAGGAACCACGAUGUCCCUUCAAUUCUCCAGCAGA